AUGGAAGAAAAAGAGUCUUUGUGUCUCGAAAAGAUCGCGAAAACUUAUAAAGAAGUUGAGCGGCAGCUUAAUCUUUGGAAGGAAACGGAUCGCCACUCAACUGAACAGAUAAAGUCACUGAGAAGUCCCCUAGAACAGCUUCACUCGUGCGAGAAAGCUAACUUCAACGACUCCCCACUUAAUAACUAUGAACGAUUGAAGCAAAAACUUCAGUUCAAGCUGCUUAAACAAACAGAGUGUAUUAUGGCAAAAUUACAGCAGGAUCUGUAAGCACAUUCCUCCUUUUAUUCUGUUCUUGUUUGGCGAUCACAUUAAAAGGUGCCAUAAAUUAUUUGUUGACAAGACAAUAAGCUUAUUAUCUUAUCUCGUGCAAAAUUUGCACGCAGACGGUUUUAGUUCCCAGCCAGAGAGAAACUUUUCUGUUCUUGGCAACCAAGAUGAUGUCAGAAGAUUUUGUAGCUUAGUUUUAGCUCAUUAUUAGUUCACUUAGGAAAAAAAACCCUUUCUGGAAAACUUGUACAGUGGCACCUCUGGAGGAUACUUUGGGGUUUGGUGACAACCAGAGGUACAGAUGGGGUCAUAAUUUCAAUUCAAUCCCCCAAGAAUUCCUCUGACUUGAAGCAAGCGUACUAGCUAAACUUUUCUUAGAAACUUAAUACCAAAACUCUCAAAAUGUCCUUUGAAACUAUAAUGCAAUAUUUCAUCUAUAGAUUUUUUUUAGGGAAAUGUACAAGAGUAUUUCAAUGAAGUUAUCAUCACUCUGGUCCAGUACUUUGCAAGUUUACAGCCUCCAUUCAAGUAUGUAGUAAAUCACUGAAAAAUUACAACACAGAUGUCACUGAAGGCUGUAAUCUAUGAAAAAUUCAAGGGAGCCCAGUGCUCUGAACCUGUGAAAUCCAGGAUGCCCAGCAUAUGAUUCCUUUGAAAAAAGGCUAAGAUUUUGUAGAUGCUUGGGAGAAAAAGUUAGGCAUCAAGGGCCACCGGGUGCUGCUAAAGCACAGCCUAGUCAUUCCAAGAGCAAUGACAACCUCGUUACAACUAAUAUGAACUUGAAUUGUUCAAGCUUUUAAUACCAAAAUGGAGGUGGCUAGCUAGGGAAAGGUACAAGCUCUUAUGAGAAAUUUCUUAAAGCAACCACCUGGUGACAUGACAUGCCGCCACAAAUAGAAUUGGUGAUUUCACUUAUAACCUGAGUAAACAGCCAGAAUUUUGCAAUGCCACUACAGGUUCCACACAAAAUUACAUCUGUGGAACAACUGCAGAAUUGUAGUUGAGUAGUGCUUCUGAUUGGUUGUCCUCUGAGGAAACUUUGUUUCAACCAAUCCAAAGCACUACCCAAACCUGGGUAGUGACAUGUCAUCAGUAUGGAAUUUCUGCAGUCCUUCCUCAGAUGUCAUUUCUCAGGGAAAACAGUGGUGGAGUCGUGAAAAAUCUUUAAAAGUACAUAAUUAAAAAAAUUGAGAACUGACAGAUUUUUUUGUGUUUCAGGUGCUCUGCCCAUGAGUGUAGUAUGUGAAGGAAGUCCCACUCAGCCAUCGAUAGCUGACCUUCUGGAGUGGCUUAGUGAUCUUGAAAGAAUCCACAAUGAGUUGUAUCCAAAAAAAAAUUAAUUAUUUCCUCCCUAAAAACUAGCUUCCAAAAGUAAAGUACUUGUAGACAACUGGCCUCAGAUGUUCAAAUUCAAGUGGAUUCUACCCACUGGAUAACAUAAUUGGUUUUUCUAAGUAAUUAUCUCCUGGAUGGUGCUUUAUACAGUAGGAAGCACUAUCCAGCAUUUGAACAACUGGGGCCAGGUACUACUAGCCAGUUGUUGUCCAAAAGUGGAUAGCACUAUCCACCAAAUAUAGAAUUACUAUCCACUGAAUAACGCUAUUAGUUUUCCUAAUUUGUGUUUUACUUAUCCACUAGACAGGGAUUUAUCUUGCCCAGUUGUUCAAAGGGUGGAUAAGGUUAUCCACUGGAUAAAUCUCUAUCCAAUGGAUAGCGCAUGGCAAUUGGUUUUCCUGUGAUACAUGUACACUUAUCCACUGGAUAGUGAUUUAUCUGGUCUGGGCCAGGUUGCUCAAAGCUGGGUUAAGAUAACCUUAGGUCAGUGCAAAAUUUGAAUUCUAUAAUAGAGGUUUAAGUUCAUUUUCCAUAAUUUGGUGAUUGGAUGCUCCAAAAAGAAAACCGAAAAUUAUCAGAGAAAAUGCUUUUGAACAAAACAAUAAGAAACCUGAGUUAAAAUUUAUCCCUGGGUUAGGGCUAUUCGGCCCUCAAACAACUGAGCCCUGGAGGGUAGUGCUAUCCUGGCCUGUUCUCAAACUCAUCAUGAAAAUGUACUGUUAAGUUUUAUUUGGGUAUGGAUAAACCAUCAAAUGUCUUGAAGGCUUGUAUUGAGUUUUGUCUGUUUACAAGAAUUAGUGUUGAACAUUUGAGUGUCAAAACAGCUGACAUUCAGUCAUUUCUAAUGUUCAUUUCAAAAACCUUAGCUGCUCCUUGUGCUUUGAAUCCACUUCUCUGUGACUGGAUAUCAGAUGAAAGACUCCCUCUCAUGUUUGCUAUAUAACAAUAAAUUAUUCAUUUUAAUACAAAGGUUAGGAAUGCUGAAAAUACCUUUCCUUUUUUUUAAGUUCCAGGCAGCUGAAGAACACCCGUUGUCAUUAGAUGCAGGGGGUCAAUAUGAUGUUUUCAGUGCUAAAUACAGCCUAAAAUCAGCAUUUCACCAUAUAUAUCGUUAUCUAGUGGAAAAGCAUUAUGAAAACCAAUUGUAUAUCUAGUGGAUAAAGAUUUAUCCAGAGUACAAUGUAUAGUGCUCUCCGUGCUCUCCACCUUUUGAACAACUGGGGCUACUAGACUAUUAAUUUGUUUUUGUUAAUUACAAGACUUCUCAGGGCUCGAAAAAGGCUUCAAUUCCAGCUUGUCCUUUGGGCGAGCAGCUGUCACCUUUUACUUCCCUGAGGCAACUUCUUGCUUGUCUUAGUUAAUGAUUUUGUCAGAGGAUGGCUAGCCUGAACCCUUGCCUAUUGAGUAAGUAAACUUUAAACGUUACUUGCCCAGCAAGAAAAUCUUCUUUCCUGGACUGCGGAAAGGGACUUAUUUUGAGCCCUGCUUCUUAUGGAUAACUGUAAUUGGAUGGGAUUUAAGAUCAAUUGUGCAAAAUGGGACCGUCACUGUCAUAAAAAGUAAUGGGACUUUUUUUGAGCCCUGCUUCUUAUGGAUUCUGCAAUUGAAUGGGAUUUAAGAUCAAUUGUGCAAAAUGGAGCCAUCACAUAAGAAGCCUGUUAAAACAACCUUUGAACAAGGUCCUUGACGCUCUUAUCCAGAUAUGAAGAGAAGACUGACAUACUUAGCAAGAUAACAUACACAACAGCAAUGGUUGAUGUACACAAGGCUGUCGCAGACUGGACCUCCACACAGGGCAGGCAUGCUCAUAAAAUAAGAGGUAAGGGAAAUACAGGAUGUAUAUCCAGAUGUGGGAAUUGGUUAAUGUGUAACAAUUUGAUUUAGAAGCUUUUGCUCAGCCACUCCCACCUAACCAACUGGAAAGCUUUCCUACCCUAAGUAGUAAAAAGCAGCUGCAUUACCGCAGUCAAGGCUCCUUUCACUAGAUUUUUAUAAUAAUUUUUUAAUUGAUUCACAAUAACAAAGCCUUCUUAAAAAUGUCACGCGACUUUCAGAUGGCCCAUUUGAGGUUCUCAUUUAGUCAGGACCAGCCAAAUAAAAGUGAGGCAAGAACUGGGGAUUCCACCCUCUCUUCCUUCCCAUCUCUUUUUUUUUUUGCCUUGUUCACUUUUCUUUUUGCUUGUCCCGACUGAAAGAAUGAAAAACCAAGUUUAUGUCAUUCUUUUCUGUUCUUAGUCAAACAAAUCUUUUAAUCGCCCAAUGUAAGGGAAUCUAAGACAGCCUUGAAUUCUGGAUUCCGGAUUCCAUGCACUGGAUUCUCUGUCAGUGGAACUUGAAUUGCAGAUUCCUUGAGAUGUAUACUGGAUUCCAACUUCCAGCAUUCCAGAUUUUACAAGAUUCCACACAAAAAAAUUUCCCGGAUUCCUUUACUUAGGGCGAUUUUAAACAAUUUUUAGGUCGUAGAAAUUUUACUUUUGGGUAUAGUUUAAGUUCAACAGUGCAUAUUUUUUCUUGUUUUGACUGCUUAGAUAUCAUGGAACAAGUGGCGGUAUUUCUGGCAAAUAGAACUUAAACAAGCUGGGUUUGGGCUGCUGCUGCUGCUGUACAUCAGCAGACUGUCAACCCCUUCAUGA